AUGUCGAGCAAACGAUUCCCUACCCAGUUAGUUCACACACUCAAAACGCACAAUGGACCCGUCAACGCGGUGACAUUUUCCAGCUAUCCUGGGACCUACGUCCUCACUGGAUCAACCGACCGUGCUGUGCAUCUCUCGCGAGCUGUACCCAACAAUAAUAACAAUGGCACCGUAGCCGAGACAACGUCCCCAAUUCAGCGGUACGAAGCCCACGGGUACUCUGUGCUCGACGUCGCCGUCGCAGCCGAUAAUGCGCGGUUUGCAAGCGUAGGCGGAGACAAACAAGUUUUCUUGUGGGACGUCGAACAAGGAGGAACCAUCCGACGAUGGAGUGGGCACAAUGCGCGAGUCGAGGCGGUUCAGUUCGCCGGGGAGGCAGACUCGGUCGUCGUGUCUGGCAGCGCGGACACGACCAUCAACCUCUGGGACUGCAAGUCCAACUCGCACAAGCCCAUUCAGACCUUGACCGAAGCCCGGGAUACCGUUUCCUCCUUACACGUGCACAUGCCUACCUAUUCCAUCGCAAGUGGCAGCUAUGACGGCCGCGUUCGGGUCUACGAUAUUCGCAUGGGCCGGACCACCGUUGAUGUUCUCGCCCACCCGGUCACGAGCGUGCGCUGCUCGAACGACGGUAAUGCUCUUCUGACGUCGACUCUGGACGGGCGCAUCCGCAUGCUCGAUCGAAGCGACGGGAAACUCUUGCAGGCGUUCGGGGGCGACGAGAAGGAAAAGGUCAAGGAGAGUUUCACGCUUGGUCGGAGUCCACUCGCGUAUCGCAAUAGCGAGCUGCGCAUCCGGUCCGUCUUUGCCAAGGCAGACGCCGUCGUCCUGAGCGGCAGUGAAGCUGAGAAGGGUGGCGACAGCACGACGGCACAGGCUGCCGUGUUCGCUUGGGAUGUCCUCAGUGGGGAGGUUCUUGCGGCCGUUCCUGCUGGGGAGGGGGUGAAGGCCGUUAGUGCCGUGGCGUGGAAUGAAAAGGGAGGAUGUUGGGCUGGGGGUUGCUCGGAUGGCACCGUCAAAGUCUAUCGCUAG